CUGCCGCUGCUGCCGCUGCUGCUGCUGCUGCUGCGCGGCCCGCUGCCCCCGGGGGCGCGCGCCGAGGAAGUCACUCUGGUGGACACCAGCGAGGCACAAGGAGAGCUGGGCUGGCUGCUCGAUCCCCCGGAAGAUGGGUGGAGUGAGGUGCAACAGAUCCUGAACGGAGCACCCUUGUACAUGUACCAGGACUGCCCACUGCAGGAAGGUGGGGACACUGACCACUGGCUUCGCUCCAACUGGAUCUACAGAGGGGAGGAAGCUUCGCGGGUCCACGUGGAGCUGCAGUUCACCGUGCGCGACUGCAAGAGUUUCCCAGGAGGAGCCUGGCCUCUGGGCUGCAAGGAGACCUUCAACCUCCUGUACAUGGAAAGUGACCAGGAUGUGGGCAUUCAGCUCCGACGGCCCUUGUUCCAGAAGGUAACCACAGUGGCCGCCGACCAGAGCUUCACCAUCAGAGACCUGGCAUCCGGCGCCGUGAAGCUGAACGUGGAGCGCUGCUCCUUGGGGCACCUGACCCGUCGGGGCCUCUACCUUGCCUUCCACAACCCGGGAGCCUGUGUGGCCCUGGUGUCCGUGCGAGUGUUCUACCAGCGCUGUCCCGAGGCUGUGAAUGGCUUGGCCCGGUUUCCCGAGACUCUUCCUGGGCCUGCCGGGCUGGUGGAAGUGCCUGGGACCUGCCUGCCCAAUGCACAGAUGAGCCCCGGGGCCUCAGGUGUACCCAGGAUGCACUGCAGCGCGGAUGGCGAGUGGCUGGUGCCCGUGGGCCGGUGCCACUGCCAGCCUGGCUAUGAGGAAGGUGGCGGUGACGUGGGAUGCACUGCCUGCCCUAGUGGUACCUACCGGACUGACAUGGACACACCCCAUUGUCUGAAGUGCCCCCAACACAGCACAGCUGAGUCUGAGGGAGCCAGUAUCUGUCCUUGCGAGAGUGGCCACUACCGAGCCCCUGGGGAGGGUCCCCAGGCCGCGUGCACACGUCCCCCAUCUGCGCCCCGAAACCUGAGCUUCUCUGCGUCAGGGACUCAGCUGUCCCUGCGUUGGGAGCCCCCCUCAGAUACAGGGGGACGCCACGAUGUCAGAUACAGCGUGGAAUGUUUGCAGUGUCAGGGCACAGCGCAGGAUGGGGGCCCCUGCCAGCCCUGUGGGAAGGGUGUCCACUUCUCCCCAGGGGCCAGGGGACUCACCGCCCAGACUGUCCGAGUGGAAGGCCUCGAGCCUUAUGCCAACUACACCUUUACCGUCAAAUCCCAAAACAGGGUGUCGGCGCUGGACAGCUCCGGCUCCACCAGCGCCUCUCUCCGGGUCAACAUGGGGCAUGCAGAGUCGCUCUCAGGCCUGUCACUGAGGCUGGUAAAGAAAGAACCGAGGCAGCUGGAGUUGUCCUGGGCAGGGUCCCGGCCCCGCAUUCCUGGCGGCAACCUGAGCUACGAGCUGCAGGUGCUGAACCAGGAUGAAGAAUGGCACCAGCUGGUUGUGGAACCCAGGGUCUUGCUGACCAAACUGCAGCCAGAUACCACAUACAUCGUCAGAGUGCGGACACUGACUCCACUGGGCCCUGGCCCUUUCUCACCUGACCAUGAGUUCCGAACGAGCCCACCAGUUUCCAGGAGCCUGACCGGUGGGGAGAUCGUGGCCAUCAUCUUUGGGUUACUGCUUGGUAUAGCUCUGCUGCUCGGGAUUCACAUCUUUCGUUCAAGGAGAGGCCAGCGGCGGAGACAGCAGAGGCAGCGUGAACGUGUCACUGAUGUGGAUCGAGAGGACAAGCUGUGGCUGAAACCCUACGUGGACCUCCAGGCCUACGAGGACCCUGCGCAGGGAGCCCUGGACUUCGCCCAGGAGCUGGACCCGUCCUGGCUGGUGGUGGAUACUGUCAUAGGGGAAGGAGAGUUUGGGGAGGUGUAUCGGGGAACCGUCAGGCUCCCCAGCCAAGACUGUAAGAUUGUGGCCAUUAAGACCUUGAAAGACACAUCCCCAGAUGGCCAGUGGUGGAAUUUCCUUCGAGAGGCAACUAUCAUGGGCCAGUUCAGCCACCCACACAUUCUCCAUCUGGAAGGCGUCAUCACAAAGAGAAGACCCAUCAUGAUCAUCACAGAGUUUAUGGAGAAUGGAGCUCUGGAUGCCUUCCUGAAGGAGCGGGAGGACCAGCUGGGCCCUGGACAGCUAGUGGCCAUGCUGCAAGGCAUAGCAUCUGGCAUGAACUACCUCAGUAGCCACAAUUACGUACAUCGGGACCUGGCUGCCAGAAACAUCUUGGUGAAUCAGAACCUGUGCUGCAAGGUGUCUGACUUCGGCCUAACCCGCCUCCUGGAUGACUUUGAUGGAACCUACGAAACCCAGGGAGGAAAGAUCCCCAUCCGUUGGACAGCCCCAGAAGCCAUCGCCCAUCGGAUCUUCACAACAGCCAGUGACGUGUGGAGCUUUGGGAUUGUGAUGUGGGAGGUGCUGAGCUUUGGGGACAAGCCCUAUGGGGAGAUGAGCAAUCAGGAGGUAAUGAAGAGCAUUGAGGACGGAUAUCGGCUGCCCCCUCCUGUGGACUGCCCUGCCCCUCUGUAUGAGCUCAUGAAGAACUGCUGGGCAUACGACCGUGCCCGUCGGCCUCAUUUCCUCCAGCUGCAGGCACAUCUCGAACAGUUGCUUACAGACCCCCACUCCUUAAGGACCAUUGCCAACUUUGACCCCAGGGUGACCCUCCGCCUACCCAGCCUGAGUGGCUCCGACGGGAUCCCGUACCGCAGCGUCUCCGAGUGGCUGGAGUCCAUCCGCAUGAAGCGCUACAUCCUGCACUUCCGCUCGGCCGGGCUGGACACCAUGGAGUGUGUGCUGGAGCUGACGGCCGAGGACCUGACACAGAUGGGAAUCACCCUGCCAGGGCAUCAGAAGCGCAUCCUCUGCAGUAUUCAAGGAUUUAAGGACUGAGUGACCACUACUGAAGCAGCUCAGCCCUCCGCCAACCUCAGGGAGCAAGGACAGGGCUGGUCACUCCCUGCGCCUUUCCUCUGUCUAGCAGACAAGAGGCUCUUGGUGCUGCUCCUGCCCGUUUGUUCAGGACUUUGCUUCUGGACCCGGGAGCUUUAUUUUUAAAGAGGAUGU